AUGGGCUGUCGGCUGCUGCCCGCCGUCCUGCUGGCCCUGGCGCUGUGCGGCCCCGCGGCGCGGGCGCAGAACGACACGGAGCCCAUCGUCCUGGAGGGCAAGUGCCUGGUGGUUUGCGACUCCAACCCGGCCACCGACGCCAAAGGCUCGUCCUCCUCUCCGCUGGGCAUCUCCGUGCGGGCGGCCAACUCCAAGGUCGCCUUCUCGGCCGUGAGGAGCACCAACCACGAGCCUUCCGAGAUGAGCAACAAGACCCGCAUCAUCUACUUCGACCAGAUCCUAGUAAAUGUGGGCAAUUUUUUCACGUUGGAGUCUGUCUUUGUUGCACCAAGAAAAGGAAUUUACAGUUUCAAUUUUCACGUAAUUAAAGUCUAUCAGAGCCAAACAAUUCAGGUUAAUUUGAUGCUAAAUGGAAAGCCAGUCAUUUCUGCUUUUGCUGGGGACAAGGAUGUCACCCGUGAAGCUGCCACCAAUGGAGUCCUGCUCUACCUAGACAAGGAGGAUAAGGUUUACCUGAAGCUGGAGAAAGGUAAUCUGGUCGGUGGAUGGCAGUAUUCUACAUUUUCUGGCUUUCUGGUUUUUCCCCUGUAA